AUGCAAUGUAGUAUGGAUGCAGGGCGCAUCAAGUUCAGUUCACAUUUUCUUCACGCUCUUCUAAAACUUUGGUUCAUAUUGCGAGUAGUAGGCCCGCAGAUUUUGGCGAAUGCAGAGUUAGCCCAUAAGAUCCGCACCAACAACUCCCAACCUUCGGAUAAAAUGUCGCAAACGUACCACAGCACUGCCUGCAGAAUUAGACAGAUGGGACGUGACGAGACUCGUGUGUAUGUGGGUAAUCUGCCACCAGAUUGUAGGGAGAAGGAUCUUCAAGACAUCUUCUCCAAAUACGGAAACAUUCGUUUCAUCGAUAUCAAAUCCGGACGCGGACCAGCCUUCGCUUUCGUCGAGUUUGAAGAUUCACGAGACGCCGAAGAUGCAGUACGCGCUCGGGACGGCUAUGAAUUCGAUGGGUCUCGUAUUCGUGUCGAAUUCACCCGUGGACGUGGUGGUGGCCGCGGUGGGUUUGGUGGUCGCGGUGGUGGCUUCGGUGGCUAUAGCAAUCGUGGAGGCGGCUACGGAGGUUAUGGUGGUGGAGGAGGCUACAGUGGUGGUGGCGGCGGUCGUCGUGGUGGUGGUCCUCCCAAUCGUCGGACCAACUAUCGCGUCAUUGUGGAAGGCCUUCCGGCAUCCGGUUCCUGGCAAGAUUUGAAGGACCAUAUGCGAGAGGCAGGAGAAGUCUGUUAUGCGGACGUAUCUCGCGACGGUACCGGUACGGUUGAGUUUUUACGCCUUGAUGAUAUGAAGUAUGCUCUGAAGAAGCUCGACGACACAAAGUUCCGGUCGCACGAAGGAGAGACGGGAUACAUUCGCGUGCGUGAAGAUAACAGCAGUGGAGGUGGUGGCGGUGGAGGCAGUCGUGGCCGUUCUCGAUCACGCAGUCCUCGCGGUCGGGACUCACCGAAGUACAGUCCCCGACGUUCACGUUCGCAGAGUCGUUCGGCAUCACGCUCUCCGUCGACGAAAAUGGGACGGGACGAAACACGAGUUUAUGUGGGUAAUUUGCCUCCUGAUUGCCGUGAGAAGGACAUCGAGGACAUCUUCGCGAAAUACGGCAAGAUUCGUUAUGUCGACAUAAAAGGCGGUCGUGGACCUCUCUAUGCAUUUGUCGAAUUUGAAGAUCCACGCGACGCUGAGGACGCGGUCCAUGGACGCGAUGGCUACGAUUUCGACGGAUCUCGUAUCCGCGUCGAAUUCACCCGUGGAGCAGGUCCGCGUGGGCCAGGAGGUCGCCCCAUGAACGGUGGUGGUCGUGGCGGCUAUGGUGGUCGAGGAGGUGGCUUCGGAGGUUACGGUGGUGGUGGUCGUGGCCCUUCUGGCCGUAGCAACUAUCGCGUUAUCGUCGAAGGCUUACCAGCGACUGGUUCAUGGCAAGAUUUGAAGGACCAUAUGCGAGAGGCAGGAGAAGUUUGCUAUGCUGAUGUUACUCGUGACGGCAUUGGAACAGUAGAAUAUACUCGAUUUGAUGAUAUGAAAUAUGCCCUGAAAAAGCUUGAUGAUACAAAGUUCCGUUCUCACGAAGGAGAAACUGCCUAUAUUCGCGUGCGAGAAGACAGCAGUGGUGGUGGAUACGGAGGCAGUCGUGGUCGCUCUCGAUCGCGCAGUCCUCGCCGCCGAGAUUCGCCGAAGUAUAGCCCACGUCGUUCACGUUCUGCAUCAAGAUCCCCAUCGCGCUCGAAAAUGGUACGCGAGGAGACUAGAAUUUACGUCGGCAACUUGCCUCCAGAUUGUCGUGAGAGAGAUAUUGAGGAUAUCUUUUCGAAAUAUGGAAAGAUCCGUUUCGUGGAUAUAAAAGGUGGACGAGGACCUCUCUAUGCCUUCAUAGAUUUCGAAGAUCCUCGCGACGCCGAAGAUGCUGUUCGUGGCAGAGAUGGUUACGAUUUUGAUGGAUCUCGUAUUCGUGUUGAGUUCACCCGUGGAGUUGGGCCACGUGGUCCCGGAGGUCGACCUCUGAAUGGUGGUGGCGGCGGUCGUGGAGGGUAUGGGGGUUACGGCGGCGAUUUUGGUGGUCGCCGUGGUGGUCCCCCUAAUCGUCGUUCCAACUUCCGCGUCAUUAUAGAAGGUCUUCCACCGACCGGAUCAUGGCAAGAUCUCAAGGAUCAUAUGCGUGAGGCUGGAGAAGUCUGCUACGCCGAUGUCGCCCGUGACGGUACGGGUGUAGUGGAGUUUAUUCGCUAUGAUGACAUGAAGUAUGCUGUCCGAAAAUUGGACGACACAAAGUUCCGAUCUCAUGAAGGAGAAACAGGCUACAUCCGUGUUCGCGAAGACCCCAGUGUAAGUGGCGGAGGGUUCCGAGACCGCUCAAGAUCGCGCAGUCCUCGUCGAUCAUCUCCAAAAACUGCCAUGGGUCGUGAUGAUACACGUAUCUACGUUGGAAACCUACCACCGGAUGUUCGCGAGAAAGAUAUAGAAGACAUCUUUGCGAAAUAUGGAAAAAUUCGUUUCGUUGACAUAAAAGGAGGCCGUGGACCGCUUUAUGCUUUUGUUGAGUUUGAAGAUUAUCGUGAUGCUGAAGACGCUGUCCGUGGAAGAGACGGCUAUGAUUUUGAUGGAUGCCGCAUUCGUGUCGAGUUUACUCGAGGAGUUGGUCCUCGUGGACCAGGUGGCCGUCCCAUGAAUCCUGCUUACGCAAGGGAAUGGCCAACCCCGCGCCGCGGUGGACCUCCAUCACGACGUUCGAAUUUUCGUGUUAUUGUUGAGGGCCUUCCACCUACCGGAUCAUGGCAGGAUUUGAAGGAUCAUCUACGAGAAGCAGGAGAUGUUUGUUACGCUGAUGUUGCCCGCGAUGGGACAGGGGUGGCUGAGUUUACACGAUACGAUGACAUGAAAUAUGCUGUCCGCAAGCUCGAUGACACAAAGUUCCGUUCUCAUGAGGGCGAGACCGCAUACAUUCGUGUCCGUGAGGACAUAAGUGCCGCUCCAGAAGUCGAUCUCGCAGCCCUCGUCGCUCUUCACCGAGAUACAGCCCUCGUCGCUCGCGUUCGCGCAGCCGCUCACCGUCACGCUCUCCAUCUCGCUCGCGCAGUCGUUCGCCGCAGGAGUGACGGCCAACAGGAGAAGUCUUCCACUCCAACGAUCUUCGAUGACCAUUCGAAUGGUGAGCAGGUGUCACGAAAUGAAGUUAUACAAAGGGAAAGUUUUACAGUAGCAGAUUGUCCAGCCAGUACUGAUUGUGUCAGAUUGGAAUGGUGGACGAAUGAAAUAAAGGCGUUGAAUUUAUUCUGUGAUCCGACGGUUGACGCUUUUGGAAACCCGAAAUUUGUUUGCAAGAGUGACGUCUUCAUCCCCGUGGGACUGAAUAAUGUGGAGUGGAAGUACAGAUGCUGCAGUUCCGAUUACUGUAAUCUUUCAAGCAGUGGUAACAGCUUGUCUGGAUACUUUUUGCUCUUGCUGUUACUUAUGGUACUGUACGAAUUUGGAAAAUCGCUUCACAUGCUUGGGAUCUACUCUGAUGUAGCUUCUCAACAACAACAACAUCAUAAGGAUUCCACAUAUCCGCUGUAUUUCUCAGCAGACGACGGCUACUUCAAUCCACUGAUGGACUUUUCUAUAUAUGAAUUAUUAACACCGGAACAUCGUCUUCAGUUUCCUUCCAUAAUCUCUUCAUUCUUCAGUGAAGAGGGAGAAGCUGAUCGUCAGCAAGAAUGUCAUGCUGCUCGUCAACCCAUGCGACUUCAAGCGGCCAAUUUCCUCAAAAGUUCUGCUUCGCGACAUCGUGUUAUGGCAGCUCAAGAGCCAAUAACGACCAGCAAUACUAUGGACGCUCGUCAACCCAUGCGACUUCAAGCGGCCAAUUUCCUCAAAAGUUCUGCUUCGCGACAUCGUGUUAUGGCAGCUCAAGAGCCAAUAACGACCAGCAAUACUAUGGACGUUGAUACCGCUGAACAUUUGAGUUUGUUCGGGUCGAUAAAGCAGGGCAACGACACCUGCCAACUGCAGUCAGUGUGCGUUCCAAUUCCGCUCGACAACGGCGAUCCGCAAGUGGUGAUCUACCCGAAAUGCUACGAGGUUUGA